GUGCGCGUGCCACCUCGCCACGAGACACUGUUUUCCGGUUCCGCGAAUCCACCCCGCCUACUCCACGGCGGCCCCGCCUCCACUACGUGACGCACGGAUGGCCUUCUCUUCCUCUUACUGGCGUAGUUCCGCGUUUCCGCGCUCUCAGCUCCCGGGUGCCGUAACCUGCCUAAGUCACGUGUCGGGGGGAAGCGGGAAGGCGUCGUUCUCCUUUUUGAGCCCCCCCCAUCCGCCAUGUUUUCAGGCCGGGUUUGUCUUGGUCGUCCCCCUUAAGGAAAUGGCCGGGGAGCUCCAGGAAACCCAGGCGCCGUCGCUUCGGCGGAGCCCGGGCUGACGAGGCAGGGCGGCAGGGUAAAUCGAGCAGUUCUGCGCGAGGUAGGGAGGCCAUGGCGUCCGGCAGUAACUGGCUGUCCGGGGUGAAUGUCGUGCUGGUGAUGGCCUACGGCAGCCUGGUGUUUGUACUGCUAUUUAUUUUUGUGAAGAGGCAAAUCAUGCGCUUUGCAAUGAAAUCUAGAAGGGGACCUCAUGUCCCUGUGGGACACAAUGCCCCCAAGGACUUGAAAGAGGAGAUUGAUAUUCGACUAUCCAGGGUUCAGGAUAUCAAGUAUGAACCACAGCUCCUUGCAAAUGAUGAUGCUAGACUGCUACAGCUGGAAACCCAGGGAAAUCAAAAUUGCUACAACUAUCUGUACAGGAUGAAAGCUCUGGAUGCCAUUCGUGCCUCUGAGAUCCCAUUUCAGGCUGAGGGCCGGCAUCCUCGUUCCUUAAUGGGCAAGAAUUUCCGCUCCUAUCUACUAGAUCUUCGAAACACUAGUACUCCUUUCAAGGGUGUGCGCAAGGCCCUCAUUGAUACCCUGCUGGAUGGUUAUGAGACUGCCCGCUAUGGGACAGGGGUCUUUGGCCAGAAUGAAUACCUGCGUUAUCAGGAGGCCCUGAGUGAGCUGGCCACCGUGGUCAAAGCACGAAUUGGGAGCUCUCAGCGACAACACCAGUCAGCAGCCAAAGACCUCACUCAGUCCCCUGAAGUCUCCCCAACAACCAUCCAGGUGACAUACCUCCCCUCCAGUCAGAAGAGUAAACGUGCCAAGCACUUCCUCGAAUUGAAGAGCUUUAAGGACAACUAUAACACAUUGGAGAGUACUCUGUGAUGGAGCUGAAGGACUCUCACUGUAGAUUGAGCCAGACAGUUGUAGACAGGCUGCUGGCUGGGCAGCCCCCAGAACAUCUGGCUUAGCAGGCCCGGACUACAUCAGCUGAAGCUCCCAUUGUGUCCAGAGUUCCUAGAGCUUGUGCCUAGAGAGUCAUUCCCAACGCUUUCUGACAGGCAUUUUUAGAACACUGGCUAAGAUUUUAUUUUCCACCAACAGCACUUUUUUUUGGAUUUGAAUUCAGAUGUUACUCUCAACUUUUCUGUCAAAGCCUCCUUAAACAUCUUCACUUGGUUUCAGCCAUAGUUUGAUGUGCCCUGUUCCAGGGUUUUAAUCCCGUAGGUGAGAGUUGGAGUGGGGUGUUUUCUGUAUCUACCCCUUUGUUCAUGGUUAAAUAGAAACUAUUUGGGUAUAGAACAUCUCAGAGUUGAUUGGUGGAAAAGGCAGAUAGAGACUGGUGGGGGGAUGGGGUGAGGAAGUGGGUGGUAUGUGGAACAGCUUACCCUGGUGCUCCACUUAAAUGAAAAUGUGUUGAAACAUUAACACAGCUUUCCUAACAUGCAAGGACCUAUCCUUCCACUUUCAUUCCAUACUUUAUUGUGAAUAAAAGGGAAUGUUCUGGCACCUGGUGUAAUCUAUGCCAGGCCUUGAGAUAAUGGGAAGAAAUGGUUUCCCCAAACAAGCCAAUGCAGUGGUCUGACUCAUAAAUUAUUAAUAAAAUGAACUAUUAAAAAAUAAAGUAUAUGA